AUGGUUCACAAGACUCGAAUUUACAAUUGGUACAUCUGCCUGGUGGCAGCCGGGUGCAUGGUGUUGAUGGGCUACGAUGCGUCCGUCUUCAACUCGGUGCAAAACUCCGACAACUGGCAUGCCUACUUUGAUAAUCCUGACAGCUACAUGCUCGGCCUCAUGAAUACAGUCUACACCGUGGGAGGAAUCAUCACCGGCUGGUUCUUCGCUGGGCCUUUGGCUGAUUACGCCGGUCGUCGCUGGGCGAUGGGCACCGGGUGCUUCAUUACAAUUGUUGCGACUUUCCUGCAGUGCUUCCCGCCAGCGAGCAACCCGGUCCCGGCGUUUAUGGCUGGCCGCGUUCUUAUUGGAAUGGGGCAGGCCCUUGCUAUCGCUGCUGGUCCCAUCUACAUUGGUGAAGUGACGCCCUCGUACAUUCGUGGUCUCGUCAUGGCUUUUUGGCAGAUGUUCUACUCUGUCGGCUCCUUCGUUGCAUACUGGGUAAACUACGCCGCCGGCCAACACCGCAGCAAACUUGGCGAAUGGGACUGGAAGAUGGUCGUGAUCUUCCAACUCCUCCUCCCGCUAAUAAUCAUCUCGCAACUUCCCUUCAUGCCUGAAUCUCCUCGCUGGCUCGUCCAACGGAAAAACGACAUCGAGGGCGCCCGCAAAGUCCUCGCGCAGGUCCGCGAUACCGACGAGGAAAUCGACGCCGAACUCCUCACCAUCCGCGAAGCGAUCCAGUUCGAGAAGGAAGCGCUGGAUAACGGGAAACGCGCAUACAUGACGCUCAUCAAGGAUGCGAGUGUGCGGAAGCGGUUACUUUUGACGUUCGUGCUGAACAUCGGGCAGCAGCUUACGGGACAGGGGACCUUCAACUCGUACAGCUCGACGAUCUACAAGAAGAUCUGGAAGAACGGGGAUACGAUCAACCUGAUUAAUGCGCUGAACGCGACCUUUGGUAUUCUCUUCACGCUCAACGCAACCUGGACGGUUGACCGGUUCGGGCGCAAGUUCUUGCUCGUCCUCGGUGCGUGCGGUAUGGCGGUUUGUAUGCUGAUUACGGCGCUUGUCGGGCUCGAGACGCCGGAUACCCCCGAGGGCGCAAAGACGCAGCCAGUGGGCAUUGCGAUUGUGUUUCUCAUGUUCCUCUUUGCCUUCUUCUACAAGCCGUCUUGGGGCGCGACGGUUUGGAUUUAUACCGCCGAGGUGUUUCCGAUGAAUGUGCGCGCGCAAGCCGUGGGAAUGUGCUCGCAAAUGCAAGGCGUUGCGAAUACAAUCUUCCAACAAUUCUUCCCCAAGUUCUACGAGAAUGAAGGAUUAAAAUCCUUCUUCUUCUUCAUGACCUGCAACAUGUUCCUCGCCGUCUUCGUCUGGUUCAUGAUCCCCGAGACCAAGAAAGUCCCUCUCGAGGAAAUGGACUCGCUGUUUGGCGGCACCAGCCACGUGCAGAAUGGAGCGAUCUUGCUGCAGCAGUCCAAGGAGGGCGCGCUGGAUAUUGAGCAGAGUCGCGGGGAGAAGGAGGAGGUUGAGGUUGCUAGUGUCCCUGCCGGUGUGGCUGCGGGCGGAGAAGGAACUGAGAGGAAGUGA